GUGUGAGCCUUCAAUUUUCCAAGUAGAAUCCAUAACAAAAGAAAAUGAAUUCUGUAAUCUGGAUUAGUGUUUGCAAGUAUUUCAUACCAAGGCCAUACGAAAGUGAACAAAUGUCCUGCCUGAAUAAGUGAUAUUGUGUAAUUGUGGGUGUAGUUUCCCAUUGUUUAAUUUUAAUAGCCUGAAUAUUUGACAAUGUCAUUAAUUCAUCAGACCGGAACUUAAAUUCAAGUGGACCAGUUGCCGGAUUGUGUUGAGUGGUGCACACCGGAAGUGCACCGUAGCGCACAGGGAGUGUUUUUCUCGUCGUGAAACCAUCGUUGAUGUUUCUGCUUGAAGUUUCUUGUUAAAUCAUGCCAAAAGUCGUGUCCAGGAGCGUUGUCUGCUCUGAUACCAGGGAUCGUGAGGAAUAUGAUGACGGGGAGAAGCCAUUACAUGUCUAUUAUUGUCUUUGCGGACAGAUGGUGCUGGUGUUGGACUGUCAACUCGAGAAACUGCCCAUGAGACCCAAGGAUAAAGCCAGAGUUAUAGACGCGGCGAAACACGCUCACAAGUUCUGCAACGUGGAGCAGGACGAGACCGCUUACAUUAAAAGAGAAGCUGGAAUAGAGAGGCAGUUUAGAAAGAAAUGCGGCAAGUGUGGUCUGCUGCUAUUCUACCAGCACCAAGAGAAAAACAACACCGCCACUUUCAUCGUCGACGGCGCCGUGGUGAAGUUUGGUCAGGGCUUUGGAAACACCAGCGUCUACAGCCAGAAGCAACCAGAGGCCCCCAAGAAGGUGCGAGUGAUGAUGACCAAGAGAACCAAAGACAUGGGCAAAUUUAGCUCGGUCACAGUCUCCACCAUCGAUGAAGAGGAGGAGGAGAUCGAAGCCAGAGAAGUGGCAGACUCUUACGCUCAAAAUGCCAAAGUCAUUGAAAAGCAGCUGGAGAGGAAGGGCAUGAGCAAAAAAAGGCUACAGGAACUGGCUGAGCUGGAAGCCAAGAAGGCAAAGAUGAAGGGAACACUUAUUGACAACCAGUUUAAGUGAGAAGAGAGGACUUUACGGAUAUUAUGAGCAUUUAAAAUAUUGAUCCUCCUAGGCUUUGUAAGCGGGAACAACAUCUUUGAGGUUUUUAAGCCAUAGAUUGGUUGGCCUAUUUUUCAUUUGGACUCUGUUGUAUAAGGAAUUAAAUUAUAUGUUUUGUAUUCUACAUAAAAAAAAGACUCCAUGUUUCCUCUUCUUGUUAGAUCAGUGUGAUCUUGGGCAUUUCUGUAAUUGCAAGCACCUGUUGUGAAAACCUGCACAUUCCAUUGUAACUUUUUAUUUUGGUUGUUUAAUCUAUUUUAAUACAUUGUCAAGUUUAAUUAGUUUUAAUUAUAUAAAAAGAAGCUCACACCAACUGUGAGUGAAUCCUCUGCACACAUGCAGACAAGUUACACUGCGUGUUUGAGUGUACAGUCAGUCACAGAGAAAGGCACUGUUCCUUUAUGCCAAUACUGCAGUUAAAAUCUAGCCUUUGGAAUAUUUGUUUUUGGGUGUAGUUUUUCAGUUGUCCAGACAUCCCAGCCACUCAUGGGGUAUAUUGUAAUAGAGCAUAAUCAUUAAUUCACCAUCAAGUCACAACAUCUGUAAUAAUGUUACGGUAUAUAAUUACAAUAGGUUCCAUUUAACCAACACAGGUAUUUUGUAUACAUGUUUGAAAACUGUCUGACAUUCUUGCCUAUAUUGCCCAAAGGGAUUAAAAGGACUUCCUGAAAACGGAAUAAAUAAUGAUGAAUGCUUGAAAUCUA